AUGAAAAAGGCAGAUAUCCUAAUUGCAUUGGACAUAUCAUCGAGCAUAUCCUUAGCUGAAUUUAAAGAACGAAAACAACUUCUGGCAGAUUUUGUGGAAAGAUUCCCAGUGAAUGAAAACGAGGUCCAUUUUGCAUUAAUACACUACAAUCACUUUAUACAUACCGACUUCACCUUUGAAGAUUCACAUUUCCAUAAUGUCGGCGCGGUGCAAGAAACCAUCCUUCAGGUUCCGUUGCUUGGUGGAGCAACUCUCACACAGAAUGCUCUAAAUAAAGUAUUACGAGUAUUCUCCAUGCCCCAAUAUGGAGCUCGGUCGACAUCGAAGAAGAUAUUGAUUAUCGUGACGGAUGGAUACACCUAUGGAGGAGAGCAAAAAUUGGAGUUACCGUCUUUGAAACUACAGGUAUAGAUGUGUAGCCUAACUCUUCCCGUUUCCAUAGUUACUUACUUACAGAUUUAUUUAGUCACGCUGGCCAUACACAACAUAGUUGUAAAAUACAAUGUGUUGAUUUUCAGAUGAAGCGUGUUAUACUUAUACAAACUAUUUUAACUCACGUCUUCAAGUCUCUGGUAUAGUGGACAUACUGCGUUUAAAUUGGUAAAGCGAAGAUGCCUUUUUCGCCUCAGAAGGAAAACUAUUCAACAGCAUUGCACCACUAUACUUAAAACUUCGUUUAAGAUAUUAGGUUUGUAUUAGGUUUUGGUUAGUUAAAGUCAGUUGGAUACAAACUAAACUAAACUACACCAAACCACCAGAUGAUCUUGAUACGCGGAAAAGUACUGGCACUAGUUGUCAAAUAGAAAUCCAUUUUAUGAUUAAAACAACUGAAUAUCUCCUGUAAUAUAGUUUAUUUCGAUUCCAUAUUUUUGUCAGAGCUAUAGUUCUCAUAACCAAACAUAAUUACAAAAUUUCAACUAGUUUCAUAAAGAAUAACGAAAGAUAUAAUUCGGACUGAAUACAUGAAAAUGGAUUUCUAUUCGGACAACCUUUUCUGAGCGCUGAUUGGCUAAAAUACGAACACGAGAUCACCUGGCAAACUAAACUAAACUAAGCUAAUUGUAAUUAUAUUAGAUAGAUCUACAAACACCCUAUCAUUGAAUGGUAUAUUUAAGAAUCGUACUCAGAGGGGACUUGAAAUUUUUUUACUUGCUAAGCUAACUCGAAGAGGUAGUUUCCAAGAGUUCGUUCAAAAGUCUACAUGAUCAAGUGGCCAUUAUGUUUUUCUGGAUAAAAUGGUAAAAAUUUACUUUCUUUUAGCUGUUUGGAGUGAACAUAGUUGCCGUUGGAUUUGGUAGACGAACAAACUUGGUCGGUCUCAGAAAGAUAUCAAGUAAUGUCCUCACAUUGGAUAACAUGCUUCAGAAGACUGGGGACGAGUUAUUACAAUAUUUAGAUAUGCUGGUACAUGCUGUUUGUGAGUCACCAAGUACAACAAUGUAGACUGUGCCAGGGGCGACGUGGCUCAAUAAGAUAUCGGGAGCCGCUGGUGCUGCAGAUGCUCGAUGCGCUUCCCUAAAGUGUCAUUUCCCGGCUCUUUUUGGAGAGCCACGCCGCCCCUGAAUGUGCAGUUUCAAAAUGAAAUGGCAAGGUAGAAACGACAGAUACAAAAGAGAGUAUAAGUCAGAAUACAGUGCAUGCAUUAGACUAAUUAUCAAAAUAUAUUAUUCCUUCAGGGUACCAUAGCGAUCAGAAUUCAGAAAUGAAGUAUAUUAUAGCCUAAUAAUAUUAACGUGUGAUGACCAUUUUUUUUAAAUUUUAAUGACAUUUAUACAAUGACCAGGUUUGAAUCAGUGUUUAACUUCGUGUUAGACUAAUCUCCUAACGCUCGAAACGUCAAAGACUGAUCAAAGUGUUAUAUUCAGGUAGUUCACACAAAAACCAUGGCAGCUAAUUAUAACGCUUUAAGGUUGCCCUGUAUGGUUAUUAUCUAUCCCGGUAUGAUGUAACCGCAUACCUUUCUCAGCAGUGGGAGGCAAUGCGCUAAAGGCAUUAUAUCUUCCGUGCUUUUCAACUCAUACAAGUAAGCUCGAACCAUUUUUGCAUAAAUGAAUGCCACAUAUAUAUGAGGUAUUUACUAGGUAAUUAGAAAACAAUUGCAACAGUGUUUGACUUUCAAAGACAUGUGCGGAGGUCAUUAACACCAAGGUACGCCCGCUGGCUUCAACUUUGAAAGGAGACUGCAAUUGCGAAAUAGUCAGUCAAAGGACAACCAGAGGAGUCCAAUUAAUUCUUACAAUAAACAACUCGCAGGUCGCUGAGUACGAAAUUUUCGACUGUCAUUCCUUUGAAGAAGAUAGAUGGUCUGCAUCCAGGGAAAGGAUUGUAGGUCCAGUUUUAAAGACCCAAAACUAGGUUUAAAUAGCAUUUUACAGAAAAUCUUGUUGUCAGUACCUACACCCAAAUACAAUGAUACAGCCGAAUUGUAGUUUUAACAUAAUUUUGUGGUCAAAAAUCUUUGGUAUGCAGGGUAGCUGGAACCGCAGGGCUAACAGAGGCAAACAGUAGCAGUGGGGCUGGUUGUUCAAUGCGAUAUUUACCUAAAACUUAUAUCAGAAAGCACAGGAAAUGUGAUCUUAGUUGCUCAAGUAGCCUCCCUCAUCGUAAUCUAUUUUAUAGCCUCCCCGAGCCUCAACACUAUAAGCUUACAUUUCGGCUACGCUAAAGACUACAGUUGGUCUAAAGUAUCCUUUCCCCGAGGCUUCGGCGCGGGCAUCCCGGCCUCAUUGAAUGAAUGAAAAUGUAGGAGCAAAGAGUUUUGCGAGAAAUGCUAAAUUGAAAUGUAUUCAGUAUCCUUGGGCAUUACAGGAUGAAACCCGACCUGAACAGAUAGCGUAAAAUUGUAUCUGAAGCGCUUCGUAAAAAAUUUUUGAAAUGUUUAUUCAACUAAACUGCUUUUGCCGAUAAACUGUUUUUCCCUUUAAUAAACCAAAAUAAGUUGAAAUUAAUUUGCUCUCUCCUUCACAUUUUAUUUUUUCCCUGUAAAACUAAGCAGGGUAAUUUUGGAAACUCACAUCUGCAUUGAAGAGGAAACCCGAUCCAGUAUACUCGAGAUUGUAUCCAGUAUAAUUUUAAGAUCAGAGGGAAAUUCUUCAUCAAACAUCAAUCAAUCACCAUGAAUCAAUCAAUCAAUCAAUCAAUCAAAUGUGAUGGGAGUUUAUAUGAUGUAUGCCAACACCUUAUUAAAUAUCGUCGCUGCUGUGACCUCUAUUUUAAUGAAAACAUUUGCACCUAAACCAAGCAACGUGUAUACAAUGUUCAGACACACAAUAUUUUGCGACAUUGCGAUAAUUCAGCUUUGUUAGCAAAGCAGUGGGAGAGCGGACAGUGUUUUAAAAUAUUUCGGAUUAGUGUCGUUUUUACAAAGACUAUAACAAUCAAUGGCAUUACUGACGGCAAGGCGAGUCUAUUUGCCGCAUUUAUUUUAAAAUGUAUUUAAGAACACACAAGACAAAGUUAAUUUGAAAAGCCCGGCACAGGGGGUGAAAUAGGCAUUUGCUGCUUCUGUUUACAAAAUCAAAGUUAUUUUUCAUUAACUUUACAUGCUGUUAGCGGGCAUUGAACACGAAUUUAAGUUGUCAUAAUCAGUUGUCGAGUUUUCAAGUCGAAGAUCUACUAAACAUGUUAAUGUAUUCGUAUUUUGUAAUUGCAAGCAUAACGGGAAGCACUUGAAAAUUGAGAGUAAUAUAAAUUAACAUUAAUAAGCCGAUAAGCUGUUUCGAGCGACGGAGCGUGGCUGGCUGAUAUGGCUUGCACACACAGUAGUUUGCAUAUGCACUCCUUUCGAUAUCUUUAGCCAAAGUUUACUACGAAGCGAUUUGGUGGUGCUGAGACUUGAUACUUCCGGAUAUAUGAUGUAUGCUGGCAAUACCAAUGCCAUGAAAAUGUCCUCGGCUUGGAUAUGCAAGGUAUGAUACUGUCUGUUUCAAGUAAACCGUCGAAUAUAUCAACGUUUAACAAAUUUCAAGUUUGACUUGUGAACAUUUCAUGUAACUUGGAAUGAAGUGCGGCUAAACUAGAUAGUAUGUUGCUUCAACUGAGCUUGUUAACGCGACAUAAUUUAUGUUGUAUAGAUUCUGCUUGUCUUGUGGAUGACUCUGCAAUGUCGUGUGGCUAUUAACCCGAACAGCGAACUUGAUUGCGGGGACGCAGGUAAGAAAACCGAAAUGUGAAAAAGAUGCGUAUACUUCCGUACGUAUAUAUAACCCAUUGAAAAUGACAUAAGGUGUCCGGAAUUUUUUUGAGUUUGGACGACAGAAAAAUUUCACUGAUAAUAUCUUAGUUGUUCUUAAGUUUUGUUUUUUAUCUUAAACCUUUUAGCCCGUAGGGGCCGAGUACAUACGACGCCGAAAUUUUGACUGUUUCAAAAAAAUUCUGGUUUUUGAAAGGGGUUGAGUGUUUCUAGAGAGUAAAGUUGUUUAUAUUGAAAGGUAUCUUGAAUCUCGACUUCGACCUGGCACGAGUCAUAUAUUGUUACUCGGGCAAUAGUAUUACUAAAGAUAUAUAAUUUGUUUGCUUCAAUGAACCACAGAUUUGAAUAAGGUGUCAUUGAGCAUAAAUUUGUAUGAAGUUGAGUGCUGAAGGGGUAAAGGCCAAUUUACACUACACAAUUUUUUGGCUAAAACUGUCGCAUGCAACCUGCUUACAGCUUGAGGUCUGUGUAAACUAAGCACAUAUCUCGCCCAAGUUGUCGUAGGUGAGUUGUGUGCUUGAUUUACACAGUACAACUCAAGUUGUAAGCAGGUUGCAUGCGACAGUUUUAAGCAAAAGUUGUGUAGUCGGGUAAAUCGGCCUUUAAAUAUCUCUCGAGAAUCAAGAUGAGAAUGAAAGAGUUUCAAAAUCUGUCAUCUAAACAUAUGGAAUCACUACAGGUGGAGUGGAGCCACUUUAAUACGGAUCACGUAUGCAUUGAAGACAAAGGUCCCGACGAAGGAGUUUCGCUCAAAAACGUCAAAAUGUAUUUAAUCUUUUCUCAAGUAGUUUAGACACCACUGCAGGUUAUUGUAGAAUAUUACCUACACUGGACCACACGCGUAUAAAUGGCACAAUAUAAACUGAUUUGGCCCUCGUAUUACCAAGGUGAUCGCGCAAAGCAUAUUGCCGUUUUGUCAGCGUCAUGACAAGAUGGCUGCAUAGGCCUUCGUUGACAACAGCACACUAGAGCGCUGAAGUUACCACGUUUAAGUAAACGUUUCAUUCAUUCAUUCGUUCACCGUGAGGAAAGGUUGUAAAAAAUAAAGUUUAAUCGAUUAUAUACGUCUAGCGUUGUGUCAGAGUUUCUCAGAUACAGUCAAAGAUGUAAGCGGUAAAAUUGUUUUGACUCAUGGGAGCAUCGAUAUCAUUAAAAUAAACCGUUAUCUUCAAAUGAGUAAAAAUAUUCAUUGGUAAAGUGAAAUGACAAAUAAAAAAAUACGUCAAAAUGUUUGAAUGAUUGAGUAUCUUUCAUGAAAUCGCUAACGUCACAGCAAGAUAACUUUCGAGAUUCUUAAAAGCCUGAACUGUCAUGUUGUGUUUACGUGACCCCAUUUGAGAAAAUUACACGAAUGCAAAGAAAAAUACCAAAACCCAAAUAAUUAUAUCAACCAGUUACAACCAGUAGCAAAUUACUGUGAACUGGAAGUAUUAAAAUAACCAAGCCCUCGCGUGAUUAUUGUCAUUAUUGUAAAGCGGUUUGUUCUCUUUACAAAAUUACUUUCCCGGCGUCAAAGGAUUCGCCCGCUGACAAGUAUAAUUGUGUGGGUUGUGCCCAAGUCAUCACCGUCCGUCAUCCCUCAUCGUUCAUCUAUUCAAUACAGACGAGUAAGAUUUUGUGUGGCUGGAUCAUGCAUGCCAAUGACAGUCUGGUGUUAGACAGAGUAAAAUAUCCCGGAGUAAAGCCUUUUUACACCAUCAGGAUUUUGGCCACCAUCAGUUGGUUAGAGCACUGCACCGGUAUCGCAGGGCGCUGGUUCAAUUCCUGCCACAAGGCCUAUAAUUGCAUUUUUCACAACUCCUGGUUAGGUAUAAUAAAUAUAUAACAAUCCACACUCGCAAUUUCCAUCCACAAAACCCAACCUUUUACAUUAUACAAGUUCUUCUGAAUAUAGUUCAAUGGUGUGUGCUAGAUGUUUCUGAGAAAAACACUGUACGAGCGAAAGCCUCAGUCAAGAGAUUAGCAGAUACACUAGCUAUAUUAGACCACCCAGGUUAAAGACUAUAGAUCCCAUCGAACUCCUAUAAGGCUGUAAGAUUAUGAGAACUUGAAAAUACUUAACAAUACUCGAUCUUCCAAAAACAGCGCGAGAAAACUUGCGCCUUAUUCGGCGUGCAGUUCGUAUGCGGGCCAGGUGUUCAAAUAUACAAAACAUCAGAUAAGUUGUCCAAUAUCUAUUCAUAGUUAUCUUAAUCCCAAAAUGUGAAUUGCCGCAGAUAUUUUAGACAAACAAGAAUAGGAGAUAAGUGUUUGGGCGUAGGCGACGAAGGGCCUUCAUUCGAAGUUCCUUCUUGUAUUUUUCAGGUAUAGUUGUGUUCCUACCAAACCGAGAUUUUGUUCGGAAAAUGGUUUAUGUACUACAAUAACUUUCUGAAGAAAGGCUUUCGCAGCUUGAAACUUUUCAGACACAAACCACAGCGGUUUAUUAAAGACCUACACACUGGAACGCACGUUUGAGAUAUUUAUGAUACCUGAAAUAUCGUUUUUACUGAGCAUAAAUUUGAACGAGUAGGUAUUAGUAAAAGUGAACCAGUGGGCUCUGUGUGUAACUGGAGUAUCAAAAGUCGUUAAAACCAGUGAACUGCACUGGGAAAAAAAUUGUGAAAUCCAUACUAUGAGAUUUGCAAUUGCACCACUAAAUCCACAGUAUAUCGAUACUAUUUCCAAAGUAUGGAAAUAUACAAUUAUUAUGGAUAAUCAAAAUCCAUCCUAUUUCCAAUAAAGAUCCAUACAAUUUCCAUUCUAUGACCUUCUAUGGAUUUUCAAAAUUUUUCCAGUGUUGUGUAUACAAUUGGAUUAAUACCUAUAAAGUUGCGCAAUUUGACCAGAAUGAAACCCCAGUCUAUAUCGAGUGAAUUAUAUCUCUUUUUGGGCUUGUUUAGCGUGUCUGCGGUUCCAUUAUAACCACACCAACUGCCUGCCCCGUGUGUCAUAAAAAACUCGUUUAACCGACGGACGCUUGAGAGUCGAUAUCGCUAAUGAGUUCACUGACCGUGUGAGUCACUGGCAUUAAUGUAUGUAUACAGUCUGUCAUGGCAAGUGUAGUUCGCUUUCUGAUAUCGUUUGCGUAGGAAAAUAGGAAAAUAUAUGAAAUAUUUAGACAAUGGGCAGCUGCUAUUUAUAAGUGUUGAAAAAUGGUUGGAAUAUAUGCACGAUAUACCUCUAACCGUAGUUUAAUAGAUCGUACAGAAGUAGUAUAUGUGCACUAUUUGAGGGUUGUGCCAACGUUGUACAGAACUCAUUGCUCAGUUAAGCAUUGUGAUGUUGGAUAAGUAACACGGACUAUAUAUUUCCUAAGAAAGCUUCGCAUUGAUAGGGAUACAACUACAUGAAAAAUACAAGGAGAACUUCGACGUUUCGAGCGAAGGCUCUUCGUUGGAAAGUUAGUACCAAGGGUCAUCGCUUGAAACAUCGAAGUUCUCCUUGUAUUUUUCAUGUAGUUGUAUCCCUAUCAAUCUGAAGUUUUCUUGUUGUAGGCACUGAACGAAUGAAUGAAUGAUAAUAAUAUUUAUUCAGGAAACCAACAUCACAAGAAGGGUUUUUCAGAUGGUUCCUGCAAAACAUUAUAAUACAAAGUAUAGAAAAUAUAUAUAUAGUAUGCGUGCAGUAUUUACAUAAUCAUUAUAUAUUGGUAUAUGGAUAUAUAUGCAUGAUAUACCAGAAAAAUUAUGAGACUACAUAUAUAGUAUACAUGAUGCUAUACAUAUUUACAAGGAUACAAAGAGUUAGUAGUUAUAUUUUAAAUAUACUGUAUGAGUAUUAUAAAGAUAGAGAUUUGAGAAGUUCAUUUCUAAAGGUUCCUAACUGUUAAAUGGAUCUAGUAUUAUAGUCCAAAUCGUUGUUCUCUUUACAAGCCUGGUAAAGCAGUUUUUGCUUUCCCCAGUUUGUCUUCGGCUUACAGAGGUAUAUAUCAUCUUUGCGUCUUGUGUUAUAUAAAUGAUUAGUUUUAGGCAGUUCAAGAUUAAACUCUGUUAAAUUAUUUUUAUCCACACUGGCACAGAUAUUUCAAGAUUGAAUAUAUUUCCUACACUGAUGUGAUACGAACUACGAAUGUUGGUCACAAUAUAUUAGUACGACUCCGUAUAUAGUCACCACAAAAAGCUAUAUAAUGAGACCAUUUUUACCAAUUCGUAUGUAUAUUUAGCCUCAGCGGUUCAUGCACUCACGGUAUCAAGCACUAUAUCUAUUUCUCGACCUCGUUCCCAGGGCUCUCUCUGGUGUGAGUAAGCAUUGUCCAAAUAUAGAAUCGGACUGAAAGCAAGCAACCUUCCCCAAUAAGAAAAACAUGGAUGUACCAGGGUUUGUUCUUUUAUAAAUAACGUGGCAAUUUCGCUCUUUCCAUGUGCAAUAUGUACAAGGCGUUAUACAUAACGGAUCCUCCCUCCCCCCUCACAUAUACAGUCGGUUCAUUUUUAAAUGAAUAUAGAUAGAGCUCUUUUCAAGCAAAUAAACCCAUCUGGGCCGUAUAGCACUAUCCAUGCACUAGAUUUUUUUUUAAUUUCUAAAAUUGUCUGCUAAUCGGUAUAUGACUCCGAUUAAAACUUUAGUAUAUUUAUGAAUCAAGGUCUCAUUUUAUUUAGUGCGAGGUCAACAUCUUUACAUGGCUGUUCAACAAAUCACUAUCAGAUGGAUAGCCCUAUCCGACCUUCAUACAACUGACCCCUGAUCAAAUCCGACGACCCGUGGUCAAUUUUACAAAUGAGUUUUCUGAAAUUACACCGUGCGUUUACAAGCUGUACGCCAACGCAGCCUGCAGAUAAUUGUUAAAGUAAACAUCUUGAUUUGCGUGCUGAAAGCGAGCAAAAAUUCAAUUUAAAAAAAUUAAUACGUACAUGCUGUGGUGUUUACGUCUCGUACUAAUGGCAUAUCCAUUGAUGCUGUCAAAAUUACAAUAAAUAAUAAAUGGACGCGUGUAUAUUGUUGCUUGAAAGUGACUUAAAAAAAGGUUUUCCACUACGCAAAUUCACGGGAAGCGAAUUUCUAUACGGUGGCUCAGAAGGCCCAUCUCUCUCUUCUUUUUUCCAGCCUCGCUCUGAAUUAUCACGCUACUUAUCAGCCGUACUUCCAGUUUUGAGCUGCGCACUUUCAGUUAUGCCGCAUGUUAUGGCGCGGGUUAAGGCGCCACUUUAGCCUCGGGUUAAGGCGCCACUUAUCCCACAAAGAAUAAUCCCGCAUUGGGUGCCUUAAUAUAGCCAAGGGUGCUCUAUAGCCAAGUAAACUUGAACUUCCUCCGCUUUUAUUCUCCGGCAUCCUCUUGCUCUUAGAAUUCUUUCAAGCUGCCUAAGACUCAACGUGAAACCAUGGACAUUGGCAAGGAAACCAAAAAUUUCAACAGCCUUUAGUCCUAGAUGAAAGUACUUUUCAACAAGCUCGUCGCGAUUUGGUGUAUCUAAGGCACCCAAUACGGGAUUAUACUUUGGGAAUACUGCUUCUACUGUGGAUAAUAAUGCAAACAAUAUUAUGUAAACAUAUGUCAUGAUCUUUUGGUUGUGAUAAACAUUUCGGUCAUGUGAGUAAACACAUGAUGGGAUAAGUGGCGCCUUAACCCGCGGCAUAGUGACGGUAUAACUGAAAGUGCGCGAUAAUUCAGAGCGCGGCUGGAAAAAAGAAGAGAGAGAGAUGGCCCUUCUGAGCCACCGUAAGUUUCUACUUUGUCGGCGUCGCUUAUCACGUCAGCAAAAAUGCUGCCGAUAAAGGAAAAGACGCUUCGCGCAAACAAAUUCGCCCACUGUGGAAAACGGGCUUAAUUGAGAUAGCUAUGUGUGAGAAUUAGAAACACUGAACUGUAAAAUAUUCGGUAACUUGAGAAUUUGAAGAUUUAUGGCGAUUUUAGCAUAUUUUAAUUCUAACGUGCCAUACUAUACUGCUAAUUUGCCAUGCAUAGUUUAAAUUGCCAUGCUUUUACAUGCUAUGCUAUACUACUUGCAAAUGACAACGAAUGUCCAUUCUUCUUCACAUGGGGUAUGACAGAUAAGUGGUGUGGGGUGUCGAUAAUUCAAGGUGGAAUUAUCUGAGAAAAAUUCGAGAACUGCUUCGAAGAGAUACUGUAGAACUAUCCAGCAUAAAUAAAGUUAGUUUACUUUAAUCUAUUCUGACGCAAGUUUGUUUUUCUGAAACUAAAAUAACUUCGUUUAUACAUGCAACUAUUCAGAAAUUGAUUUGUUUAAAGAUAUUCUGACAAAAGUCAGCAUGUGCGGCAUUUGCUGUCUUGCUUUAUUUGCUUGUAUUUUUUUAAACUGUAAAACUACUCAAAUGCUUUACGAACUCUGUCGUGUUCUAGCUAGAAACCACUGCUAGCAGGUGCAUUUUGUAGUUGAAAUUAUUUGCACUUAUCUCGUUAGCAGAAAUAAUUGCUUCCCAGCAUGAAUGCUGAACAAUUUAAACGUCAAAACAUCACAUGCGACAAGUUUUAAAACAGUAUAAUUAACUCUCAAGGAUGUAAAAUAUAGUACAAAAAUUAUGCCUAUUUUCUCUUUUGAAGUUUGUGCGACAAUCAACAACAACAAAGUAUGGACUUACUAUUACAAUAAGAGAAUAGCUUAAUUUUGCCAGUUGCGCGGUUUUGCGGGAAAGGGAAUUAUAGUCGCAGUUGGUGGCAUGAAUGCCCCAGUGGUGCCAUGUAUAUUUCAUGAAGUCAAUUGAAGAUGCUUAAUGAUCUUACAAACGUAGGGAUUCAGUUGACCUUCAUGGACCUUUGUAUUUUCACAAAAAAAAGGUGUAUUUUUGUGUCAAAACUACCUGAGGAAGAUUAAGAAAUUCCUUGUUAACUUCUUGGCUUCAUUGUACGACACUUACAGUAAUAGAAAAUUAUUUGGAAAAUUCCUUAACCUUACAGUAAAAUGAUGUGGCCGUUUAACGCCUGUCUCGUGUGUUUUUCUCAUGCCAGUUUACUCCAUUAGUAAACUAUACUUAGAGCAAUUGUAAAUAAUAGGCUCAUACAGGUCCAGACAAGCAGCAUGAGACGCCUUGAGACGCCUUAGUAAGCCUUUAAAUCUAUCAGGUUGUGCUCUCAACUGCAAGUAUGGAUGAUUACCACAUCCCUGCUCGCCCCAUUAAUAGCAGGCAUAGAAAGUUUUUUUUCUCCCUGAUAGCAAAAUCCAAAAAGAAAAAUUUCCCGCAUGUAAACCAAAUGUAUGUUGAUAACAGGCGUAGAGAAAAAAUUCUCCCUGGUAUAGCAAAAUCCAAAAAGAACAUUUUUCUCAGCAUGUAAAACAAAUGUAAGACUUUCUGCAUAGCUAGGUUUCAAAUAGUGUUUUGUAGUAAUACCCUUCCAGAUAUGACAAUUUCAUGCCAAAAAUAUAUUUGGAACUUUAAAUCAACAAGCAAAUUGUAUGGCAAUGACAAGAUAUUUUAUUAAAAAUUUCCUGGCCUGAGCGGUGCUGGUGGUGCUAUAGCAGACAUUUUCCAAUACUGAUUAAUAAGCAUGUAAACUUAAUCUAAAUUUGUGAAUUAGGGACGUCAUAACAGGGUUUUUUUCAGGAUUUUCUCUUGGGUCCGUUUUUGCAGAGAAGAUUGAGUUUAGCUGAACAGUUGGGGUGGCUGCCCCCCCCCCUACCGGGGGCUGACACCUGUACUCAAUAAAUGUAGUUGAGACGGAAUGUGUUAAAGCAGGGGCACUAAGGGAGACUAUAAACUGGUUAAAGAUGGCGAAUGCAUAGUUUUUCUUGUGUUGUGAGAUGAAUUCCAGCCACUUUUUUUUAAUUGACGGAUUUCCAACUGAAAACUAAUUUCCACACGUCACGAAUUUAGCUCAAUCAACUUCAUUUUACUGCACUGAAACUUUGGUGAGAAGAUUGAGUUUCAAAACUCAAUUCAAGAUUGAGUUUUUGGGGCCGUUUAACGGCCCUAAAAGAUCCCUGAAAAAAAGCCUGCAUAAAAAUCAUGCAGUCAAUGCAGUCUACAGAUUUCAAAUUUCCUUUAUUGCUUGCAUUCUUGCAGAGAAAGGAUACAACAUAUCUUGCGAAGGGAACAACAUAACUCUAUCAUGCCCACGGGGAAAACCUUUGAUGAAAAUAACGCACGCGACAUUUGGCAGGACACUGGACGAGAGACAGUUAUGUCUUAGACCAGGAAAUAAAAACCCAGGGCGGUCGAAAUCCGUGAAAUGCGAGCUCGAUGUGGCAGCGAAGGUGGAGGAGAUCUGUGCUGAUCAAUCACCGUGCGUUUUCAAUGUGAAUAACGUAACCUUUCAUGAUCCUUGUCCACACGUGUAUAAAUACAUGUGGGUUAGAUUUAACUGUAGUAAGUAUGAGUAUAUUUUAAUGACGUAGCCAACGUUAUAGGGACCGCGCGCGGCCUAGACACGACAUACGCCCUGAAGAUAUCGAAUAUGGAGAAAGCAAACUCACAGGUCAUUACCUAAACCAUAGCCAACUUUGCUUAGAGUAAAAAAAUGUUCUGGUAGAGAAGAAGUCAAAAAAUGACAGUUUUUGCUCAUCUCCCCCUUUUUAAACCAACCAUCCUCUUAUCAGUAAACACGUACACACCUCCCCAUUACGACAAAAAAGUCUCCCCCCCUUUUCUUGUCUUCUUCCCUUAAGGAAAGGGGGGGGGGGGGAGGAUCGAAGUAUGAAUAUGUAAGUCGUGUAUACUGGAUGAAUCUAAUAAAUCCAGUAUACCCUACAGUACUUCAGUAACAAGGCAUUCCGAAACUAUCCUACUAGAAUUAUACAAGUAAGGAGAUUUUAAAACUUACCAACACCGUGUGAUGUUAAUAUACGCUUGUUUGUAUGUCUCCAUGAUUCCCCUCCACAAAUGAACCAAAUCUACAAGAAAAAGAAAAGAUUUUAUUUCAGCGGAAAAACAAUUAGAUUUUCAUCAUCACUGCAAAUUAUACAAGAUGCCCGAAAACAAGAACCUCGUAAUGCUUUCAUCUAUGACAUAAAAUAUACCAAAUCUGUGGCCUUCAGAUUAUUAUUAUUUAAAAUUAUUUGAAAAAGGGAGCCCUUCAGCGGUAAAGAAAAACUGAUUUUCAAGGGGGCAUUUGUGAAUACAUAUAUACAAAAGCCACUACUAUUCACAACAAUUCUUACAAAAGAGAAUUAUGUUAAUUAAGUUGUCGAUGUAUUUCCCUCCAAGUCCUUGUAGUGAUGAUUUAUUAAAGUUUUAAAAAAAUACAAGGAAAGUUGGUCGUAUACAUCGACAAUUUCAGCUGGAAGACUAUUCCAGGAUACAGCUCCGCGGUAUGAAAAGCUAUUUUUCAUAAAGUUUGUGUUUGGUUUGUUUAAAUAAAGUUUUCGAUCAUAAUACAUGUCUAAAAUGCAUGAAAUAGUGUUUCGGAGACCCUAGAAAUGUUUUCACUGGGGGACCAUACCCCUACACGGCCAUACUCCCUAGUUGUUCUGUGUAUCGGAUUAGACCCCCUCCUCACUCCUUAGGGGGAAGGCUACGCCCCUGAUCGAGCCAACAGCGAUUGCAGGUGAAUGUUAUCCAUUUUUAAACCGUGAAAUAUUAUCGUGAUAACUUUGGUAUCUGUUUUGUCUUCUACAGACUGUCGACGAAGAAUCACGAGAAAUCCGAGGUCAACAUUAUCAUCAUGCAUAAACAGGACUAACAUAACAUCUUCCACUUACACCAUCAUACACCCCACACCAAUUCUCACUACCAUUGGUCAAUCAAUGUCGCAAAAUGUCACAAACUCAACAUAUAUACCAAUCAAGAUGACGAUCAAACCAACCACGACUGUCUCAACUCAGAGUCUUGCGAUCACAGCGACUAUCUCGGUGAACAGUUCAAAGAAUAGUACGUUACUACCACAACACAGACGUGGAAGAAAUAAAGCAUUCUUUCUGUUGCUGGAACUAUUCGUUGCCUACAAUGGUUAGCAAACUAACUCUAUUUACAGUACAUACUCUAGACAGCUCUAUCAGUUCUAAACUGUUCUUCCUGGAUAUCCAGCUAAUGGUAGAAACUUAAACUAACUCUAUUUACAGUACAUAUACUACGGAUAUCCAGCUAAUGGUAGAAACGUAAACGGCUAACUCUAUUUACAGUACAUACACUAGACAGCUCUAUCAGUUCUAAACUGUUCUUGCUGGAUAUCCAGCUAAUGGUAGAAACCUAAACUAACUCUAUUUACAGUACAUUAUUAUACUAGACAGCUCUAUCAGUUCUAAACUUUUCUUCCCAAAUGCCCAGUAAGGGCUGUCCCUUAGGGGUCCAGUGUUUCUAAAGGAAGAAACAUAACCUAACUUUUAUUGUAUGUACUAAGACAUCUCUAUCAUAGCCUGCGUAAGGGUUGAGGCGCGGACAGCGAAAAUUUAGGGAGGCGAGCCUCGACCCCAACCCUUUAAACCUGCCAGCUACGCAGGCUAGCUCUAUCAGCUUGCCUUAACUAUUCUCCGCAGAGUUUCAGCAAUGUCGGAUCCUAACUGGUCGAGUGUUACUACAGGAGGAAACCUAUAGUUUGCUCACCCUAGAUGUCCUGUGUUCGGUAGAAUCAAAUUGGAACGACUCCCCGUAGGUGUAACUGUGGCGAAAUUAUAAUCAGACUGACUACAUCUUGAACUAUCUAUGCCAGGGUGCCUGCCAAUAAUAUAAACAAGCUUUCGUUGGUAGGGAUACAACUACCUGAAAAAUAUAUAAGGAGAAUUUCGACGUUUUUCGAGCGAAGGCCUUCAAGAUGAGGAGGAAGGCCCUUCAAGUGAAGACCCUCCAGACGAAGAGCCUUCGCUCGAAACGUCGAAAUUCUCCUUAUAUUUUUCAGGUAGUUGCAUUCCUACCAAUGAAAGCUUGUUUAUAAUGAGACAACAGCCUAUUGCUGGAAUCGAACCGCAGUCACAGAUGUGAACGACACGAGGUUCGUAUCUUCAGUGGACUAAAUGAAAAACAUGUUGUUUCUUUUUCAGAGGCCGCCAAUGAAGACCCGCCGAUGGCAUUAAUGUGGUGCUUUAUUGGUAUUCUCCUUGGCUUAUUCAUAAUCACCAUAACAUUCCUCAUCUUGGGAAUAAGGGGAAACCCGAGACACAAGAAACUCUUUAGUCUGAGUCAACUGGAAUCAGAGGAGGACGAAGUACAAAGUCCUACCAUUCACACAAGCUCGCAGUUCCCAGAGUCACCCGAUUUAGAAAGACGUCAAGCCGCUGUGGAAAAAUUAAAAGCAAAGAGAGGUACAGGCAGGCCUGUAGGCAAAAGUUUUCCAGGAAUGGGCUCGUGGUCGGAUCUGUUGAAAGCAGACACAUCGUUGUAUAUUAAUCCAUUAUGGCGAGGUUGGCAAGAGAAGUAUAUGAGUUUAACAACUCAAGGUGGCGAGGCAGAGCUAGACACUGGUCAGGAUGAGAGAGAAGGGCUAAGUAGGUCUGAACCUUGGAAUUUGGGUGCAGCUGCAGAAAAUGAUGACAUAGACCAUCGUGAUGAUAUAAACACUGAUAGUAACGGUAGCAGUAACAGAAACAGCAGUAACAGUGAUAGUGGUAGCCAACGGAAUAGCGACAACAUCAACAACAACACCAUCAACAACAACCAACAACCAGACACCAACCCAGGACAAUCCACGAGUAACAUCGAUCCCUCACGAGUACCCACGAACAAGAGACGAAGUGUUGGCGAAUCUGAUGCGAACUUCAUAACUUCAAUACCAGUCGGAAUCCCCUCACACCCAGUCCCCGAUCCGAAAAUCUUCCACACGGAACCAACAAGAACAAAGAAACCGGAAGUGAGUAACACAUCACCUGAAGCGAGUACCACAACAAAACCGGAAGUUGCUGAAGAUAAUGGUAACCACAUGAGCGAAGAAAAACCAAGCUCGUCGACCAAUGAUUAUAGGAAUCCCUCCAAUAAGCUACUGUCAAAGUUCGGCAUAUACAGCGACGAUGCAUGUCCAACGCAAAACUUAUCUAUUACAGCUCUUUCGUCACCCUGUCUUUUUAGUGAGGAGUUCAAUCAGCAAGACAAACACGGUAGGUUCUUGUAAUGGUUAUUAAACUAAACUCAUUAAUAUAGAGGUUCAGAUUUGAUUUCCACUACCACUCACUGGCUUAGUCCUCAUCUGAUUGGUUAAUCGAAUAUAUGUAACGCAUCUGAUUGGUUAAUCGAAUAUAUGAAAUGCAUCUGAUUGGUUAAUCGAAUAUAUGAAACGCAUCUGAUUGGCAGAUAGUCCCUUGAUGGUAGCGGUUGUGGAAGUCAAAUCUGAACCUCUAUUAAUUCAUGAAGAAAAUCCAAACGAAAUCAAUGUUUAAUGAGGUGUUGUAUCCACGUGUUCAAAAUUAUCCCGAUUUGCAUACAUUUUUCCUCGAUUUUCUCUGUAAAAUCACCUCUUAUGAAUAAUUUUUUACAACUGUCGAAAUCAUCACGUCUCACAAGCUAUGCACAGCAUUCGUGUCCACUUGUGCUGUAUAUUUAACUCACAAGCAAGAAAGCAACAACCCAUUAGUAACCAGUUAUCUUCGUUUUCCUCUAAGCAUGAUCCUCACAAGGAACCCACGAUGUUUCUAAAUUUGAAGGUUUCAAUUAGCUCAGCCAGUAAGCGUGAGGUUAGUUAAACGUGAAUGGUUCACCAGAGUUGAAGGAUUUUGUAGAUGGAAUUUUAUACAUUUAUUUAGAUCUAACCAGGAACAGUUGUGAAAAAUGCAAGUAUAGGUCCCUGGCAGGAAUUGAACCUGCGACCCUGCGAUUCCGGUGCAGUGCUCGAACCAACUGAGUUCAGUUGUCGUGCUCUAACCCGCACGUUCAUGUAUAAAACCUGUAUUCAAAUCAAUUAAAAGCUGACAAAUACUCUUCAAAAGCGAUGUUAUUAACAAAUUGUUAUCUUGUUUUCUUUUAGAUCUUCAAGGAUCACCUCGCGCAGUAACCAGGCUUAAAGUUCGUUCAAGACCACUACGAAGUCUGAGUCUCGACUCUUCUAGUCCCGCAAAGACAACACCCUUACACAAUACAUACAACACCGCAUCACACAACCCUACCCCAACCUCACAAAACUCCCCUUCACACAACCCCACAAUUAUCCAACACCAAAAUAAACCACCACCUUUUGUAAAGAACAAAAAUAGUCCAAGUCUUUGGCCUAAAGUCCUAGUCGACAAUAAAACCCAAAGCCAAGCUCAAAAUGGCCAAGCACAAAACGUACCCAAAAGACUAUCUAAAAAAUCACCUACGGACAGCAGGGCAAGUUCUGGUUACUAUAGCAACAAUACGUCACCUCUAGUUGAAUAUCCUGCAGAUAUAACUAACUCACACAAUUCUGGCAGGAAAACCGAACAUAAACUUCAAAAACAGCUGAGUGAUGAUGAUUUACCCCCACUGCCUCCCCCUCCACCCCCAUUAAUCCCUAUUUCACCCCUACCACACAUGUGUGUGAGCGGUUAUCGAGAGGCGAAGACUAAGGACGAGAAUAAUUUAGAUAAAAAUCCUUCGAGAACGGCAACAAGAAAGGUCCACUUUAAAUCGUCAGAAUAA